UCACUCCAUUCAUUUACUCAUACGGUCAAACCUAUCCCAAAUUAAAUUUUACUCCAAUUUUUAUCCAAAUUAAGUGAGACUCAAAAUUUUACUCAAUUUUUCAAGGCUAUUUUCUCCCCUCCCAGAUUUACAACAAUGUCAUUAAUAAAGUUUUUACUUAAAUUUGUGCUUGGAGUAUGUUAUACCGAAUGAAGCUUUUACUCGAAUUUAAGUAGAAGUAUGAGCAGGGUUGGAGAUGCUCUAGGCAAAACAAUAUGUAAAAGGCAUGAGAAAAAAACCAAAAAAGAGAAUAAGCAAAGCAGAGGGGGAUGAUUCGGAUGAACUACAACCUGAAUGUCUUCUACAAGAGGCCCCAUCAUGAUUUCUUCGGUGCAUCAGGAAAAUGUUUACGAAGAGAUUUUAGCAAGAAAUUCACAACUUCUCUCAUGUUGGAGGCAUUCGCCGCGGAUAAUCUCCCACCUCUCUGAACUCACUUCUCAAAUGGAAGUUUUUGCUUUCGGAUGGUGGUGGAGGUGGCUGCUUGGUGGAGAGGGGGCUGUUAGGAGGCUGUUGGACGGUGGCAGGCGGCAGAGGUUGGUUUGCGGCAGCAUGUGGUGGAUGGGUUGUGGGUUUCACGGCUGCAAAGGUGGAUGGGAUCUUCGGUGUUGGUGGUGGUUGGUUCCGGGCAACUUGUAGCGGGGAGAUCGGGCCGUUCUUCGGGGCAGCAACAGGGCUUGUUCCUGAGUUCCGGCGACAGUGGUGGCAGCGGUCCGUCUCAUUCCAGGUGGCUGCGGUGGGUGGUGGAGUAGGGUUGAUAUUUUAGGCUGGCCUAUGUUAUCUAUGGAUUGGUCUCCGGCUUAGCCUAUGUUGUCUAUGGACUAUGCCUUUUAAUUUUUCCCUUUUAGUUUUUUACUUUUUUGGACUAUGGAUUGAUCAGACUUAGCGUAUGUUGUCUAUGAACUAUGUCUUUUAAUUUUCUCUUUUUUUGGGCUUGGAUCUCAUCUUAGGUGUUUGGGCUGCGUCUCAUGUGCAAUUUAUCGUUUUAUUUGGUUUUUAGGCCAUUUAGGCGCUAGGCUUUGUCCCUUUGUGUUUUUCUUGAUUGACAUCUUGCCAAUCAAGAGUUUCUCCUUGCUCCUUUUGAUCUUUGUAUUCACUUUCAAAGAUUAAUAUAAUCUUUUUUC